GUCCACUCGCUCUGCCUUUCUCUGCCUGGCACGUCUUGGUAAACUUUGCGCCUGGCCUGCUGCAUCCCAACUCGAACGGAACCCCAGAUUCAAGGAUUCAACGAGUCUAGAAAGUAACCCUGCAUCAGACAGAUCGAAUCAGGUCCGUUGGCCACAAGGGUCACGAGGAGGGACACAACAAACGAAGAAGAAAAGAAACGAACCCACGAGCGGGCAGACUACCACAUCACAGAUCGAUCAUCAAUCACUCAUCACCACCUCGACCUCCUCCACUCGCACCCGUCUCUUCCUCCCUCUCUUCCUUCUCUUAUUUGACCAAACUUUCCCCCCUCCCUCACUCCCCGAAUUAAAACAAUGUCCUACCGCUUCACGGCCACCGAGGCUACUAUCGCAGACGUUGGCUAAGACUUGCCUAAACCAACAUCUCACUCGAACGCUCUAAACUCAUUCACUUACGCCCCCGCUCUCAUUCGAACACACCGCUCGCUGACGCUCACACUCACUUUACACUCUUGUCACCUCAGGUCGCCCAGUCCCUCGGCAUCGCCCCCAAUAUUCGCCCAGGAUUCCCGGCGCGGCUUCCAGACCCGUUUCACAUCGGCCUCUCUGUAGCACCCCGGGUUCCAAGCAGUUUCAACCCUCCGUGACGAGGGGAUCCCCGGUCGCCCAGCCGACCAGCCGCCAGAUCUCUUUCUCACUCUCCUCACUGCUGUACAGCGGGCACAUAUCCUGUCGACGGUGCACCAAUACCUCGACCAUCGACAACAUCGUUCGACCGUCUCCCGCCCUGGGCUCACUAUGGAUAAUGUUGUCAGCUCAUUCGGGAGGGGCAUCUCCCGCGCUGCCCGCGGCGUCCGCAAAAAGGUUCAGGGUUCCCAAGAUGAUCAGCAACCAUCUCAGUCAUCCGCGGCUUCAUCGGCCCCAUCCUUAACCGCUUCGUCCACCAGCGCCGAGGACACUCCCGUACCCGCUCACGCUCCCGCACCGACCACUGAACCCGAUCUUGAAGCUCAACUUCCGGCUCACACGGCCUCUCAAUCUCACUACACGGCCCUGCCGCUCACAUCACCACUGCCGCCUUUCACACCGACUAUUAACUCACCGGAGCCGGCCUCACCGUCGCCCCCUCACUCCGCUCAUGAGCAUCACGCUCAUACGCUUCCAACCCUAACACUGGGCCCAUCAGCCCAACCCCCCACCCAAGAUGACGCAACCCUCCAGGCUCUCACCGGCGCUCACCCCGCCGAGUCUUCGAAUGCCCAGACCUUGACGAACAACAUCACAACUCAAACACUCACCGUCCCGGGCCCGCAGUCUCAACCCGUAUCGCCAUUAUCGCCUCCGCCCGCUAUACUUCACUCACCCAGCGCACCUUUGGCUUCUCCCAUAUUUACACCCUCAGCCAUAUCAUUCGCGCCUCAGGUCCACCCCAACUCACCGGCGCCCCAACCUCUCAACCUCUCAGCCGCAGCCUCACCAGCUCAGUACCUGCCCUCGCCCCUCGAGUCACCUCUACCCCUCGAACUCGAGCAGCAACUGUCCUGUAAAGAUGGCGGCUCAAUACGACCUACCAGCGCCCGAAGCGCCCGGCCUCGCACAUCCCGCUCACGCCGAGACUCAGUUAUUGAAAAGGUCGCCUCGCUCGAUCCCCGACGACGCUCUCGUAUUCUAGGUCCCAAGACAGGGAAUAGUCUCAUGGAUCUCCCGCCUGAGCUCCAUCUCAUGAUCAUCGACUACCUGGAGUUUGGCGAACUAGAGAACCUGCGCCGCACGUGCCGCUUCUACCGUAACUUUCUCACAAAGGAGACCAUUCGCGACCUUUUCGGCGAGCAAUUCCGCCUCGCUUUACUGGCGCAUUGCUACAUCUGCCUCAAGUACGACCCCACACGCGGCAGCUUGCUCUGGGCAGACUAUAACCAUCCGCGGUAUCCUCUCGCCAGUAAAUGUGUCGACUGUGCGUAUCAGAAGAAUGAGCUGGCGGUAGGCAAGAAGGUGGCGCUGGGCAAUUACGCGAGUGUAUGGAUCUGUCGCUGGUGCGGGUAUCCCGUCGCCACUGCUUCGGCGCCCAACCAGCCCGAGUUCCACAAGGGCUGCUAUAAUCACUACAAUAAUGUCCUGCUGGUGUAUUUCGUCUUGGGGUGGAUUCAGCUGAGCCUCGGUAUCGUCGCCGGUGCGCUCUGCUGGAGGUACUUUAAAGACGAGAUUCUCGUCUUGGUGCCGUCUAUUGUCGCUUUUGUCUUACUGUGGUGGUGUCUGGCUCUCCUCGUCGUCAGAGGCGAACACAAGCGCACGUAUCACUUUUCGUUGAUCCUUGAAACGGCGAUACUCGGUCUUUGGUGUCUACCAAUCUACGUUCUCGUCAAAGAUGUGGAAGACGGCAUAGCUGGACUGUUCGACAGACGGGUUACAGUAACCCUGGUCUUUAUCGUAUUGAACAUGUUCUUCCGCCUCCUCAAUGUUUUGGGUAACAUUGUUCUCACACUCGAAUGGCGACACUUUGCGCGUAAGAAGCCCCGACUCACACCCGCAGCCAGAUUCUUCAACAUGAUCCUCGCUGGGCUCGUGUACUGGACCUACCCCCAAGCUGUGGAACAGGAGUACCCGCCGCAAUACCACUUCAUCAACACCGGCCGACGACGAGUCAAGAGAAUUCUCGCUGAGAGAAACGCACAGCGGCAGCGACAACAGCAGCAGCAAAUUAUGACGAUGAUGUAUUAAACGCUAUCAAGAACGACACAACACAUAUGACGCAAAGACGUCAAGCAACGACCCGCAAACCCGGAGUUUGGUAAUGAAAGAGGAUCCGCCAGAGCGAUGACUGUUUUAUUGAUUGCAAGCGUAAUGGAUGCGGCUGGCGUGGAAUUGGGAUCACAUGGUCUUUUAUUUUGGGCAGAUUUGCCACGGCGAAUACCAUGGCGUACAGAGUGUAUGAUUGCAGGCGAUACCUGCCCAAAAGCCUGUUGGGUCUCACAGUACGACAUGGCGCUGGUAAUGACCAUGGCAAUCAGUUUUGAUGAAAUUUCGAUGCUUACCAAGUUGAACCUGGAAGAUGUUUGAAGGGUUCAUGAAGAGAAGAGAAGAGGUGUGAUUAGAGAC